CAAUCUUGCUGCCUUAGGGCUUACGUGAGAAAUACAAUGUCCUUGACAUGAACACUGCAUCUCCUUUCAUUUUCCUUCCCAGUCACUUUCUCUAGCAUCUUCCAACCUAGCACCACCGUUGUCGUUCACGAUGAUUCUCUCCAAGUUCCCCAAGCUUGCCGUCCUUGCCCUCGCCUAGGCCUCGCCAGCCCUGGCCUGCGUUCAAUACUCCUGCAAUCUCAACUAUAACAACGGGAUGUUCAACGCCGCUCUCACCGACAACGGGGGACAAACAUGCCAGCUUACCAACAAAUACGUUGGACUUAUAUGCGCUGACAAUUACUUCGUUGAGUUGAGCUGCCGUGCCGGCUAUAGCGCCUCCUUUAACUUCGACACGGGGGUAGUUACCUACCGCUACAGCAACUUUGACGGGAGCUUUGGCACGACGACUUCAUCUUACCAGACCACAUGAUGGAAUAUAUUUCAGUGCAAAUGUUUGGGGCUGUUAAGAGCAGAAACGUUAGAGGUGUUGGGGAUGUACGCUUUCACUGAACUUUGUGUUAUCUACUCGAGUACAAGGAUGCCAAUCGAAAAGUAGUGGAGUUGGUUCAAUGGCAUAUAUCCUGACACGUGUGCUCGAAAGCAUAAGCCCCUCUCGCUAUGUUGCCUAGCCUCUCCUAGACCAUUUGGGAAAG